UACUAUGCGAUAUCGGGUGUUCUUUUCAAGAGAAAGGCCGCAAUGAAAUGUGCACAGUUUCAUUUUAACGUGUAUUUCAGCUGAUAGAAGGUGCAAUUUGCUCCUGCUUUUGUGUAGUAACCCGUGUUUGCAACACUUAAAAAGCUGUGACAUAUAUACGAUUCACAAUGGUAUGCACUGUCGUGAAUACUUAAUGGGACACUCGUUCUCAAUACUUUAUGCAGUGCUAAACGUUUCAGUCAUUCAUAAGAAUGUUAUGCCUUCCUUCGUAACCGUUUCACAGUUUCGUGAGCGUAUCUUGCAUCGGAGACACAAUUCAGAGUGCGUGUAGACAAAUAAUAAAAUAAGAAAGUUAUCUCCGACACAAAGAUAACACCAAGAUAUUUAUGUUGUGCAUUUUUAUUAAUGGGAUAGUGAAUUGGGAUAGUGAAUUUUUACAUAAGAAUUGCAAAAAUGCGCAUUAUCUCACAUGCUACAGUGACAUGGGUCAUUUUCAUCAUCGUGCCGAGCACCAGUGGCUUUGGAUAUGGCAAAAGAGAACAACAUUUGUGGCCAAAGACGCACAAAUUAUGCGCGGGUAAGCUGCAGUCACCGGUAUCUAUAUCUACAUCCAAGGCGAUCCCUUUACCGCUUCCAGCACUCGAAAUGAUCGGCUACCACGACUUUCUUCCAAUGCCGCAAACACUUAUAAACGACGGACGAACUGUCAAGCUCACGAUAAACAAGAAUGCGAUACGCGAGAAGUUACCGUAUGUAUUCGGCGCCACGUUGAAGCCAAAUCAGCAGUACGAAAUAGAGCAACUGCACUUUCACUGGGGUGCGAAAAACAACAGGGGUGCUGAGCAUGUGCUGAAUGGCUUGAGAUACCCCAUGGAAAUGCAUAUUGUGCAUCGCAGUCUGGCAUAUGCGAAUUUUUCGCAAGCAUUACAGCACGAAGACGGUGUAGUCGUAGUGGCUGCUCUCUUUCAAUUGCAAGAUGAGCACAACGAACACCUCCGACCAUUCCUAGAACGGUUACCGGAUGUAAAAUGGGCGCAUGCAGAGCUAUCCGUUAAUAUAUCUAUAACUCUAACAUCCUUGAUACCAUCGGACACUGAUGUUUUUUACACGUACAAAGGAUCUCUCACCACUCCGCCGUGUAGCGAAGUAAUCACCUGGAUAAUCUUCGCAACUCCAGUCCCGAUAUCUUUUCGUCAAAUGAACAUAUUCCGGAUCCUUUCAAAUGGCAAAGAAACGUUAGAAGACAAUUUUAGACAAUUGCAAGAUGUUGGUCAGCGCAAGAUAUACACCAGGAGAAUGCACACGUGGCUUUUGCUUAAACAUAGCAAUUUGCAAUCGAAUUUCGCGAACUUAAGUUGGUUUUGGACUUGAUGCAAUUGGACUUGGUACAGGGUGCAGUAAUAAUUAGCUCGAUUAAAUGUGCAGUACAUUAGUAUUUAUGAAAAAAUAGGAAAAGUGAUAAUCUCUAUUUUUACCUCUAUUAUAUUUAUAUUAAGUCGUCACAAAUGAAAC